AUGGCUAAUAUUAACUACCGCGGAAUCAACAUUCAUGAAGACAUUGAGCGUCCUUUGAACGCUGUGAUGUCUAAGGAUCUUAGCACCGCGGUGAAGAUUGAGUUCCAUCUCAUUGGCGAGGGCGAGGAUGAUUUGUUGCAUGUGGAGUGGUUUAAAGGAGAUGGUGAAGUCUGUGAAGAGUACAUCAACGAUUUUGAAAACCGAUGGCUACGCAGCCAAUUCAUCACGGCUUUGACGGCUUUGUUUGACCUUCCUUUCAAGGUUAUUAACCACGACAUGGAUGAUGUUGCCAAUGACGCCGGUGCCGGUGCCGGCGGUACCGAUGAUGCUUAG